AUACCAAAAUACUACAAAGAACAAAUCGAUAGAAUGCUAAAAAAUUGAGCAAAGAAAAAACCAUUCUUAUCUAUAUAAUUUGCCUCAUCACUACAUAAGAACAAAGAAGAUUCUAGCAAAUAACAUUUUGACAAGGUCAAAAUAAAACACCACCUAAUACCACCAAUCAUAGGCUCUGCUUUUGUUAUAAAAUCAACAAAAGGAAAAAUACCCAUCACAUUUCUUUGUCAUUGAGUUUCAGCCAUGGGAGAGGUAGACUCAGCUUUCAUACAACCCAUUGACCACAGGCCAAAGCUCAAGCCCAUCGAGGUAACUGAUGAAAUCCCAGUUCUUGACCUCUCCAGUGUGCUCAACUCUGAAAACAGUGACCAACAACUCAUCUCUGAGAUUGGCAGUGCAUGCCAGACCUGGGGGUUCUUCCAGGUGAUCAACCAUGGAGUCCCAGCUGAGCUUCUCAGAAAAGUAGAGGCUGUGGCUAAGGAAUUCUUUGCUGGGUCUUUUGAGGAGAAGAGGAAGGUGCAAAGGGACGCUUUGUAUCCCAUGGGGUACCAUGAUAGUGAGCACACUAAAAACGUUAGGGACUGGAAGGAGGUGUUUGAUUUUUUGGCCCAUGAUCCCACAGAGGUACCAGCCUCGCAUGAACCUGAUGAUGAGGGAAUUAGAGUUUUGACCAAUCAGUGGCCUCAGUACCCGCCCGAGUUCAGGGAAAUAUGUGAGGAGUAUGGCCGAGAAGUAGAAAAGCUGGGUUUCAAGUUAUUGGAACUUAUUUCCCUGAGUUUAGGCUUACCAGAAGAUCGGCUAAAGGUCUUCUUCAAGGACCAAACCAGCUUUCUCCGGUUCAACUACUAUCCUCCAUGCCCUUCCCCCCACCUAGCUCUUGGUGUUGGCCGCCAUAAAGAUGGCGGCGCCUUAAGUGUCCUUGCACAAGAUGAUGUUGGGGGACUCGAAGUGAGGCGGAAAUCAGAUGGAGAGUGGAUUCCCGUUAAGCCUAUCCCAGAUGCCUAUAUCAUUAAUAUUGGUGAUGCUGUUCAGGUUUGGAGCAAUGACAAGUAUGAGAGUGUGGAGCACAGGGUGGUGGUGAAUUCUACCAAGGCAAGACUGUCUAUUCCAUUCUUCUUCUUCCCAGCCCAUUAUACCAUGGUGAAGCCUCUAGAGGAGCUAGUCAAUGAACAGGACCAUGCCAAAUACAGAGAAUUCAACUGGGGAAAAUUUGUUGCCAAUAGAAACCGAAGUGAUUUCAAGAAGCAAGACGUGGAAAACAUCCAAAUUUCUCAUUUUAGAAUAUAAGAGUAAUUGUGGCAGUGUAAGGUUUAUAAAUCUACUAGCAAGAAUGGGUUGUUUUAAAUUCUUGCAUUUGACAUGCUAAUAAAUAAAGAGUCUCAGGCUGUGGAUACAUAUCAAAAGACUCAUAUUGGUUAUCCUGUAACUUAUUUCUGGAUGUAUAUCUUUCUGUUUUGAAGUGUUUUGUUUAGCCCAAUUUCAAUAAGAAUUUUGAAGUGGAA